AAAACACUCGACCACGUUCUCAAGUUGCGUGCGGCGCAAAUCCUUUCGAAGAAGUGUGUGUUAUGUACACGGACGAUGGCGACGACAGCGGCGAUCUCUUUAAAAAGGACUUCAAGUACUACAAAAGGAAAGCCGUGCGACCCGACUUGUCCAACGUGAUUGAUUUUGAGAGGCCCGAUGAAUUUCCCGUCAAAGUGCACGCGCGGUUGCAGACGACGCCGGACUGCAGCGAAGUCGGCCUCGUCGACGAGGGCGAGUUACGGUGUUACUCGGUGCCUGCUAAUCGGGGUCUCUUAGUGAUACCCAAUCCUUUCACGCCGCGCGGCCAACGCCAGUGGGUGAGCCGAACUCUGCGUUCGUACCCGCAACCGCCGAACUGCACCAAUCUGAAAGCGUUGAAGCCGCCGGACGUGUUUCCCGCGUCGCCGCAACGCGACGACUUCUACAAGAACCUCCGUUGGGUCACGCUAGGCCUGCACCACGACUGGGACUCCAAGGUGUACGACCUCGAAAACGCGACCGCCUUUCCGAGCUGCCUCAGCGCGUUGGCCAAGAAGCUCGCGACGUUGCUCGGUCACACGGGAUUUGAACCCGAAGCCGCUAUCGUCAACUACUACGCCAUGAACUCGACUUUGAGCGGUCACGUCGACCGUUCCGAAUUCGACCUCAGUUCGCCCCUGUUUUCGGUGAGUUUUGGACAGACAGCAGUGUUCCUCAUCGGCGGGGCGACCAAAGACGUCAAGCCGACGGCCAUGUUUCUGAAGAGCGGUGACGUCGUCGUGAUGACGGGCGAAUCCAGACUGGCGUACCACGCCGUACCGCUGGUGCUCCCACGCGAGGACGGCGGCAUGCCAUGGAACUACGCUGCGGAGAUGCGCGGCGGUGAUGACGCAGAUGGUGACUGGGGCGCCGAGGCCGAAUAUUUGGCAAAUCACAGAAUCAAUUUGAACGUGAGGCAGGUGUUCGAGAAGAGCUGACGGGUCGCCGGCGGGCGCAUUUAGGUCUUUGAUACACGGCUACUUUUGUACAUGGUGCCUCGAUAGUGCAGAUAAGCACUGGCAUGUGGUACUAACUGGCACCAUAUCUGCACCUGCCCCAAGCUCAAGUUUUACCAUGUACAACAGGGACCCAGAGUAUAGAUGGCUUGCAUUGACGUCACUGAAACCGCCAUGUUGGAGCACCAGCAUGGGGGGACGUGACAUUUGCGAAGUCACAUUAAUGUUAUCGAAACAUCGCAUGCAGGUUCUUUCGUUAUCAGGGGCGUAGCCAGAAAUUUUUUUC